GGGAGGCAGGCUGGAGGACUCGCCGCGCCGCUAGCCAAGGGGAAGCGAAGCGAGGAGGAGCAAUGGCGUCGCCGUCCACGCUGUCUUUGACGUCCGCCUUCCCCUUCCCCUCCCCCUCCUCCUCGCGCCGCCUCACGCCGUCUCGCCGGGCUACGUCUCUGGUCAUCGUCGCCCAGGGAAAGGUCAAGAAGUACCGCCAGGUCAUACUGACAGACGACAUAGAAGAAGUAGGUCGGAAAGGGGAUACAUUGAAGGUGCGAGCUGGAUUCUACCGCAAUUUCCUCCUUCCCAAGGGCAAGGCCACGCUUCUAACCCCAGAAGUCCUCAAGGAAAUGCAACUAGAACAGGAGAGAAUAGAAGCUGAGAAGAAGCGGGUCAAAGAAGAGUCACAACAACUUGCUCGAGUUUUUGAAACCAUCGGGGCUUUCAAGAUUCCACGCAAAGGUGGAAAAGGAAAACAAAUCUUUGGAAGCGUCACGGCACAGGAUGUUGUUGACAUAAUAAAGUCACAGCUUAAUAGAGAUGUCGACAAGAGGCUUGUGACAGUUCCAGAAAUCCGUGAAGUCGGAGAGUAUGUUGCAGAGAUUAAGCUUCACCCGGACGUGACAGCUCGAGUAAGGCUGAAUGUCUAUGCGAAAUGAGAUGUGCAGUUACGGAAGCUUGAAUGGAUGGUGGGCUCUGGGGAAGCCUGAUUUCACCAGGUGAGCUCAGAUGCAAUCAGGGGCCCUGUCUGUGAGGUUUGGCUCUUAGAGUCAUGAUGGUCUGUCUUACGCUUAAACAUACAGUUGAUUUUGGUUCGUGCAGAGAUUUUGCUGAAACUGCCAGGCGUUGUGGUAGAAAAAAUGGAGGCCUGGACUGGUUCUUAUUAUUCUUAUCCAUAAUUAAGGGCUCAUCCUACCUGUAAAGUCAUGUUUCAGCAACUUUCAGUUUGUUGAUUUCGUGGAGUGAAAACUAGAAAAGUUUGUAAAGCGCAGUUGGUUUGACCGCUGAAGCAUUCCUUGGAUGUUUAUCA